GCCUGUAGCCAGAAAGGUCAGCGAGACAAUCAACGACCAUGGGUCAAGAAGAAAGUCGCAACGAGGAGAUGGAUACGGCACGAAUCCAAGAGCUGUGCAUCGUUUUCAUGAGGGAAUGCCCCAGUGGGUCUCUGCAUUUACACGAGCUGAGGAGGAUAUUUGGCGUCCCCAGCAGCUCCGUGGAGGAGGCCCUCUUCGUCGAGACAGUGUUCCGGUCAUUUGAUACAAAUAAGGAUAAUGCGCUCGAUUUCCUGGAGUACGUAGCAGCACUGCACUUGAUUUUUCGAGGCAAUCUUGAGGAUCGACUCAGAUGGUCUUUUAAGAUGUACGACAAAGACGGGAAUGGGAAGCUGGACAAGCAGGAGGUGAAACGGAUCAUUAAGAUAAUUUACAAAGUGAAGGUUCAGACCAGUGAAGUCGACAUGGGUCCUUCUGAAAUCUGUGACAGGAUCUUUGAUCUGGUGGAUCAGAAUCAUGACGGUCAGAUAACAUUGUCAGAGUUCAUGGAAGGAGCUCAGAAAGACGAGUGGUUGAUGAACAUGCUCAAACUGGACAUCAACGUGACCGGCUGGGUCAACCAGAACAGUUGGAAAAAGUCCUGACCCUGUCACCUAUAGUGGGCACACUGCCCACUUUUAUUUAAUUCUAACACUGACCCAAAAGUCUGGUCGAAGCCGCUGCUGCAUUUAAAAAUGAUUUUUUUUUUACUGCACGCUUCCUGUGGCUCGCAGUCAAAGUGCACCGCCUUGUGGUCCACGACCACGACUGUCCUGGAUUUGAAGGCGGCUCAAGAGGUCAGGAGGAGUACUGUGCACAUGACCUCUGGUACUGA